UUUAAAGGAAUUUUCAGAUCUUUGGAUCAUUUAUAAGAUUGAUAAAUGUUUAAAUUGAUUUUUAGAUCUUUAAAAGGAUCGUUAAAUCUUUACAGGGAUUGUUAGAUUGUUAAAAGGAUCGUCUGAGAUCUUAAAAACAAUUGUUAGACCUUUAAACGGAUUUUUUCCACUUGAAAGUGUGGAGAGAGAUGAUAAACUACAUUUGUAUAAGUGGAAUGGAAGCAAUAUAGAAAAAUAUUCUAUAGAAGAAGAUGAGUUUAAGUGCAUAGCAUUGAAGAGAAAUGGAAUGAUAAAAGCUGAGAAGAGCACAUUAAGUAAUCUAAUCCAGGCUUGUCAGGCCAAAGAUUCUCAGGAAGAGCUUUUUCUUGGUCGAGGAGUUUUAUCUGCAGAUGCACAAAGAAAAGUUAAAAAUGAGAAAAGAGUUAAAGAAAUGGAAAUGGAACCUUGGAACUUGACAGAGUUUGUAGGAGAAAUGGAUAAAAAUGAAAGCAAACGGUUGUUAAGCAAUGAACCCCCCGGAACCUACCUAAUCAGACUAAACCAAGACAAGGAAUAUAGAUUGGCAGUCAAGACUGAGACAGGGACAAUUAAUAAUUUUAAGAUAAAUUAUGAAAAUGGAAAGUAUAAUUUUCUCAAUUGGGAGGAAUCAUCUCUGACUGAUUUGAUUACAAACAUACAGAGAAAUCACAUUCAAUACAUGACUCCCUUCGUGAGAAAAGAAUGCAACAUUCCAAUAAUUUCAAAGUCCAGGGCCUCCUACGUACUAUCCUUCAAUACACAAGGUUCAUAUCUUGUCAGGAAAAAUGAGGAAGGAAAAAUAAGGAUAAGCUAUAUGAAAAACGAUCGCAUGAAGAACAUGAUUGUAGGGAAUGAGCCUGAGAGUUUGCGUAGGGUUAUCGAAGAAUUAAAAAAAGAUGGUUCUAUUACGAAUGAGAUCUUUGAUGAUCUGCCCCCCAACUAGUUAAAUGCGAAAUAUUUUAGUAUUUUAUUGGUUUUGAAAUUUAGUGAUUUUUAAAAAGACGGCUUUAAUAAAGUAUCAAAAGUA